AAAGUUAAAAAUUUAAAGAAAAAAGUUGGGAACUAACCAGGCCCCAGCAGAGAGAGUAAGAGAGCGCGUCGAUAAAUAGCCGUACAAGGGCAACAGGUCAGGCACUUAUUCAGUUCAGUUCAGACAUCACCUAGUACAAUGGCUUCACCGGCAAUAAUAACCAUCCUCGCCGUGUCCCUCCUGCUGCUGCUGCCGCCGUUAGCGCUUGGCUCCAUCACCGGCGGCGAUCAACGACGCAAGGAGCCUUGGAUUACUACGAUAUUGAACGGUGGCGGCAGUAUUGCGGGCAUGGAGCUGCAGCAACGACGACGAGGAGGCCAUGGAUUGCCGGUGAUGGUGAGAUCAGCAGCACGGCGAUCUCUCGGAGGACGAUCGACACCCAACAACCCUGGUGAUGGUGGACGUAACCCUCCAGUCUCCCCUGCACGAGACAGACCAGGGACGGAAGCCUGAUGAAAUGGGCAACUGUGCCCUCUGUGCCCGAGAGAAAUUGGUCCCUUGGCAGAAUAUCCAUGAUUUGGUCUGUGUAAUUUUGUGCGAAAAUUGAUCAGAGGCGCCACACCUGAUCUCAGUCUAAUGGGCUCAGUUUGCGGUGAUGUUGUACUACAUGCUGACACAAUAAACCUAUCUGACAACAAUCUGCAUGCCACAACCGAGGCAAAUUGAUGAUA